AUGGCAAGACAUUUAAGAUGUGGAAAGGAUACACUUAUGGCGCGCCUGUAUACCCGUCUCCGGCCCGAACUGAACUCAGAUACCGCUGUACUCAAGGAUAAUUCCUCGCACGACGCUGACAGCGAAUACGAAUAUUUUCUAAUCGAUAAGAAAGAUCUACACCAAUCAUCAGAUGAUGAUGAAGAUGAAGGCCGUGAGAAAGAAGAUAACAUGAUACGUGUUGGUGAUAAAUUUAAAUCAUUUAAACACUUAAAAAGGAGAGUUGAUAAAUAUCAAGAGACAACUAACUGUGUAUUUUAUCGAAGAGAUUCUGUUACCAUUGAACAAUCCAGGAAAAAGGGUAUUAAAAAGCCUAUCAAGGAACGUUUAAAGUAUUACAAUUUAAAAUAUACGUGCACACAUGGAGGUAGGAAUUCAAAAAGUUCUGAAUGUAAAAUAACUCAAGUCGUUAAAAACAAAUGUUUAGCAUUUAUCAAAAUUGGGGUUAGCAAAAAUGGUGAACAUCUCGUUGUUAAGGAAAUGAACAAUGAACACAAUCACGAGAUUAGCAAACACCGUAAUUGUUCUCGUAUGAGAUCAGGUAACCAACAAGAGAAAACGUCUGACUCGCUGAUAAAAGUUGAGAUAGAAGUUAGCAAUUUAAAAGUUGAUGAAUCGAAAAAUGACGUAACUUUUGCUCGAUCUCAAAGAGGAGGAAUUCUUCUAGUCUUCAAGAGUUACUCCUACAGCUUGCAAAGUAACAAGAAUGAUAUAGCAAAGUGGCGAUGUACCAUGGUGCAGCCAGGCACAGCCAAGAGAUGCACGGCGAAACUGUUCACCAGCAAGCAGUAUGAAGUGCUUGAUUAUUCAGCAGUUCUUAUACCGUCAGGCAAGGGAAAGCAUCCCCUCCUGCUGUAUAAGACUCACACAUUUGCAUUCAAGGUGAGGUCAUCGUCAGGAGUUCUUUGGCAUUGUUCGAGAAGAACCAGGACUGGCUGCAAGGCCUUUGUCAGAACGUUACCUGAUCAAAUGGAUAAGAUCAUAUCGGCUUACGAAAUGCACUGUCAUAAUCCGAGACAAGUAAAAUGGGCCGCUAUUUAA